AUGGGAGUGUCGUCCUUAAAUAUGCUCGAGCCGAUACUGUUCGAUCUUCAGUUAGAGUUCGCACAGAAUCUACCCAUCCGUCGCUAUUCCACAAGCGGCGGAAUUUCACGUCUUGACCGAACUGUUUGUCAACGCCUAGUGUCCUCAGAUCUUCCUUCAUCACCUCCGUUCAGAGGUUUCUUUUCCGAUCAGGAGCCCUUUUCCAGUAAGAGUCUGGAAACAUCCUCUGCUGCAAAUCCUACCUCACGCUUCAAAGCGGCGCAUCGGUUGGAACGUUUACUGCAAGAAGUCGUGAACUGGCAGACAGUCUCAGAAAACGCCGUGUUGGCAUAUGCUGUAAACAGAAGACUCGCUGGAAAAGCUCCAUGUCAAGGGAAUUGGGCGAUGACUACAAGCACAUCAAAUAGCAGUUUCGUUCGUAUCAUAUUGAACGAGUCGUUUAGAAACAGCGUCACAGCGGUGGAUCGACUAUCGGAUCGCCUGAUGGCUGUAAAAGUGGACACGAGAGAAGUGGAAUUGCGAGUCGUCUCUGCUUAUGCGCCACAAGUGGGUUGUAGUGAAGAAGAGAAGGUGUGCUUUUGGGAAGAUCUGGAGCAGUACGUCCAACCCCUGGAAGGCGAAGAAGUACUUCUAAUCGGAGGAGACGUCAACGGACAUGUCGGUUCUCGGAAAGACGGGUUCGAGAGUUGUCAUGGUGGAUACGGCUGUGGAGCUCUUAACGACGACGGGUUGCGAAUCCUGGAGUAUGCUCUUGCAAGUGACUUGAUCAUUGCCAACACGCAAAAUCGGGAAAGAAAAUCGCAUUUGAUCACUUACACCAACGGAGGUCCUGAAACACAAAUAGAUUUCUGGAUGUUACAUCGACGAGAUCGCCGACUACUUCGGGAUUCAAAAGUCAUCCCUACAGACCAUGUCGCUGCCCAACAUCAUUUGCUCGUCAUACACUUGAAAAUCUUCCGUCCUAGGAAAAGACAUCCAAGGACUGAAACACAGCGCAUCAAAUGGUGGAAUCUGAAGGAUCGAAAGAGAAACAAGGACGUUCAGGCGGCAAUUCGUGAAAAGAGGUCCAAAUGUAAGCUCUGGUGGAGGAUACGUCAUCCUGAAGAUCGUGAUGCUCACCUAGCAGAGAAGAGGGAGGCCAGGAAGGCAGUCUUCAUGGCGAAAACCGACCGCUACAAGGCUGUGUACGACAUGCUUGAUACCAGAGAAGGCGAGAGGGCAGUGUAUCGUAUAGUCAGAGCGCGCCAUCGCUUAACGUUGGAUAUGGAGCACACCGAAAUCGUUCAGGGAAUUCUGAUGAAGCCGUUCUGCGCCGCCCUGGGUCCUGUUCUACCCAAUACUGCACUCGAAGUUAGUGCCGCCCUCCCAAAAAUGAAGACAAACAAGGCAACCAGUCCUGAGAUCGAGGGUUCCGAAGAAGGCGACGACGCCGAAACGUUAGCCAGAAUAACGAUCAAUAACAAUCUUGGUUCUGCUUAA